UUUGUUGAAGACAAAUCUGAAUGCUUUUUAAAAUUAUUUAUACCAAUUACAAAGCUGAAAUAAUCACUAGAUGGCGACUAAGCCACUCUUAAAUUCACUCUAAUUCAUCCAAUUUUUUGUAUUCUAUUGUAUUGUAAUUGUAAAGUUAGUACUUAACAUUUCCGGUAAGAUCGAAUCGCCCUCUUUUAUAAUAACCUCCAACCUGGUAAGACGUACUUCUCUUCAAAUAAAAUAUAAUACAUAUUUUGUGAAUCGAACUGACUUGGUGUUUUAAAUUGUUUUCGGAACCACAUCUUUAACUAUUAAUCUUGUUGGAAUCUACCCCAAACAUUGGUCCUUCGAGCCGGAUAGAUUAAAACAUCAAUCUACACAAAAUUAUCAAUUAUUUUCAUUAUAUAAUCAAAUCCAUAAAUCGAUUAAUUUAUGUGAUCACCGAUCUGUGAGCCUUUAAGCGCUUCUCUUUACCAUAACUCACCAUUAAACAAGCAUCCCAACGCAUGCGCAAAAAAUAUACGGAAGAAAAAAGAGAAAAUCAAAAUCCAGUCAAGAGAAGUCCACAUUUCGUGCAAACUUUCUCUAUGCCUACAAUUCAUCAGACGAAAGCUCCACCCGCUGCUUCCAUCAUUCAGCAUAAAUCGAAUGCUAUCAGUCGUACACCAAGAUCUAUCGUAUAAUCAUAAACAACACAACGAGUACACACUUUGCCAUUAAAUUUGCAUACUUAUGACGUCAAUUUCAUCACCGGAAUAUUAAUAUCAUCUAUAAACCAAUCUAUUUCUACCAAUCUAUUUCAUUUAUUAACGCUACGUAUAUCAAAUAAUUACCUCAUCAUCAAAUUACCAAAAACGCAUCUCUGACGCAUAUAAUACUCAUCUGUACCAUUGCAAUCAUCAUCACAUCAUUACCACUUUUAUCGAAACAUAAUUAAUCAACAUAAUCUAAAUCAAGAUCAGAACCCUUUCAUUGAUCAACAUCUCUACACGAUAACAAGAUCAGUCACAGCAUCACUUCCCUUGUACACAGCAGCUAGCGGCAGCAAGCAGCAACAAGCAGCAGCAAACAACAAAGCAGUGUCCAAGGCCAAAAGAAAAAAAAAUCAUCAAAACAGGUUUGUGUAGUGCAAAGUGAAUUAUGUACAUUAGUUAAUUUUUGUUUAAUCAAGAACUAAAUAUCUAUUACAUUGGUUUCGGAGAUUUAUUUAAGGGAUUCGUUCGUUGAAUUAAAAUAAAAGGAAAAGUUAGAUACAUCUCAAUUAGUAUCAGUGAAAUAAGUUAGUUGUUCUCACUUUUUACUGUGUUUCAUUACAUUGCAGUACGAUUGUACUAUUUCAAUACUUAAAGUACUUUGUGUUAGCCAAAGUUGUUUUUUUUAUUACUUUCUCCUAACUUAUACAAAACGCUUUAAACAAAAUGACCUCACUUUCGGAACUCAUAUUUGCCGCCGAUCGAAUAGUGAAAUCCUACGAUGUUUUUUCACAAAGACCUGAGCAUUUGCAUACAAUUGAUAGUUUAGAGGCACGCAAAAUUGAGUUAAAAGAAUUGUGGUCAGAAUUUAAGGUUUCCUUUCAAAAAUGUACUCACGAUGAAAGUGAUAAUGUUGAAGUCCUUGAUUCAAAAUAUAACUCAACUAGUGAAACAUAUAUAUCAUUUCAUGGUGAGAUUUUACGUCUAAUCGCAAAACUAAAAAACGAAAAUGCAAAUACAAAUAGAAGUGCUGGGAAUUUAGAUUCGUCUGAAACAUAUCAAUGUAUAAAAGUACCAGCGUGUGAUACUGAUUUCUUUUACGGUGACUAUCUCACUUGGCCGUCUUUUAGAGACAUGUUUGAAGCCGUUUAUAAAAACCAUCCUAAGUUAGGACAGGUGCAAAAAUUGUUUCAUCUUCGUUCUAAAACGAAAGGCUCUGCACAAGCUAUUGUUUCAAAGUUCCCUUUAACAAAUGAUAGUUUUGAUUUAGCGUGGGAAUCACUAAAAAAUACAUACGAAAAUAAAAGAAUUUUGGUGAAUAAUCAAGUAAAAGUUUUGUUUAACCUACCACGCAUGCAAAUUGAAUCUGCAAAAGCAAUUAAAGAAUUACGAAGUUCUAUAAAUGAUUGUCUUGCUUCAUUAAAACCGCAUAAAGUCACAACGUCGAAUUGGGAUCCAAUGCUAAUUUAUGCUUGUUCGAAUCGUUUACCUACCGAAACACUUAGUUUUUGGGAACAAUCCCUUCAAGAUCCAAGUGAAGUUCCAACUUGGGAACAAAUGGACAAAUUUUUAGAAUCGCGUUAUAGGAUUUUAGAAUCUAUAUCAGAUGUUCAAUCAACAUCUACUACUAGCCUCGCAAAAAAGGGUUUUAAUACAAAACCAAAUAAUCACAUGAAAGUUCAAGCUUUUCAUACAAAAACAUUUAACUUUUCGUGUAAAGUUUGUAAAGGACAACACCCUUUGCGCAAAUGUUCAACAUUUUUGGAAUUACCAGUUAAAUCUCGAUAUGAAUUUGUUCGACAAAAUAAUAUUUGUACAAAUUGUUUAUCCGUUACACAUUCUAGUAACAAAUGCAAGAGUAUUUAUACAUGCAGCACUUGCAAGGGUCAUCAUCAUACUUUAUUGCAUUUUGCGUCUUCUACUUCAUCUCAAAAUGUAAAUCAAUCACCCUUGAUUGACACUUCUAGCAAUACUCAAGCAUCAAAUCUAACCAACACACAGUCCACUUCAAAUCCACAACAAUUAUCGAAUUUAGUAAACCACUCGUCUUACCAUACCACCCUUGAUAGAAGCGUUCUUUUAGCAACCGCUUUAAUAAAAAUUUUACAUAAUGGAAAUCAACAUGUAUUGCGAGCUUUAAUCGACCCUGGGUCUGAGGUGUCCUUCAUUUCAGAACCAGUUCACAAUCGACUUAAGUUACCGUUUCAUUCAAUUAACUCGCAAAUAUGUGGUAUUAAUUCAGCUUAUGCUGCUACAGCUCAAAAACUAUGCACCUUCUCACUUCUCAAUGAAGAAAAUCCGUCUAAGCCCAUAACCGGACAAGCUAUCGUUUUAAAACAUUUGACCAAUCAUUUACCAGUUUCAUCUUUCCAACUUACGGAUUUAGGUUCUCUUGAAGGUUUGAAACUUGCAGACCCAACGUUUAAUAAGUCAUCGCAAAUUGAUUUCUUAAUAGGUGCUGAUCUUUAUCCUGCCAUUAUACGUCCAGGACUUCUUCAUAUUUCACCUUCACUCAUAGCUCAGAACACACUUUUUGGUUGGGUGUUGUCAGGCCUUCUUCCACACCAUUUCCAUACCUUUACCACCUUCCUAUCUAGUCAGACUGAAAGUGAUAUUUCAUUUGACAUGAAUAAGUUUUGGGAGCUGGAAGAGAUUCGAGAUACAAAGCCUAAUAUUUCUAAUGCAGAUCAGUAUUGCGAAGACUUGUAUAUAAAUACUACGCGAAGAUUACAGGACGGUAGAUAUGUAGUAAAACUACCAUUUAAACCUAAAACAAAUAUAAACAGAGGUCUAGGAUUAUCCAGACAAAUUGCGCUAAAUCAAUUUCUACGUUCAGAAAGGUCUCUUGCCAGUAAUCCAGUUUUGCAAUCAACAUAUUCAGAGGUUAUUUCUGAAUACAUAAGGUUAGGCCAUAUGAAAAAAGUUGAUGCCCAAGAAAGAUUUGAAAAUGGUGUAGUUUCAUCUUACUACCUUCCUCAUCAUGUUGUGAUCAAGCCAGAGAGUGUUUCUACUAAAGUUCGGGUUGUUUUCAACGCUUCCAGUCCCUCUAGCAAUGGAACUAGUUUAAACGACUUGUUACAUGCUGGACCUGUACUUCAACGUGAUCUACCAACUCUCAUACUGCGAUGGCGUUUUUUCAAAUACGUGUUUAACGGCGACAUUGAGAAAAUGUACCGUCAGAUCGUAGUAGAUGCACGGGAUACACCGUUUCAGCGUAUUCUGUAUCGCAGCACUCCAUAUUCUGAAAUAGAAGAUUAUGAACUUCUUACGGUCACUUUUGGCGUAAACUGUGCCCCAUACCUGGCACUUCGUACACUACUAAAACUGGCAGAUGAUAUUGAAACUACAUACCCCCUGGCUUCGAAGAUAAUAAGGUCAGAUUUCUACGUAGACGAUCUUUUAUCUGGGGCUCACGACAUUCUUACAGCGCGUAAAUCUCAAGACGAGUUAAUUGCUGCGUUUAACUCCGCAGGUUUUUCAAUACGCAAGUGGACCUCAAAUGAGUGUUAUCUUUUGAAUCAUUUGCCACCUGAACAUGUUUUAAGUGAACACUUCUUAAAUCUAGAUGAUGGCAGCUCAGUUAAGACUCUAGGCGUUCGGUGGAAUGGAAAAGAAGAUUAUUUUUAUUUCACGACUCAAAAAUUGAAAGUUUCUUCAUCUUGCACCAAGCGAGAAGUAUUCUCUCAAAUUUCUCGGUUAUUUGAUCCAGCGGGAUGGCUUGCACCAGUGAUCAUAACUGCAAAAAUCUUGAUGCAGCAAAUAUGGUCAGAAGGCACAUCCUGGGAUGAUCAUCUCACAACUAUUUCAGCAGUAAAAUGGAACAACUUCAUACAAAAUUUACCCGAAAUAAAAUGCUUUAAGAUACCUCGCUGGACUGGUUAUAGGCCUGCGACAAAGAUUCAGUUUCACGGUUUUUGUGAUUCUUCGGAGCAAGCUUUUUCUGCAGCUCUUUACAUUCGAAUCUAUGAAAGCGAGCAUUGUAUCGAUUCCAAUUUGAUAUGUGCAAAAACUAGAGUAUCUCCGAUUAAACAGGUAUCGCUUCCACGAUUGGAACUAUGUGGAGCAGUUCUGUUAUCAAAACUCGUAAACACAUAUGUCCCAAAUUUUCCAAUUGAAUCAUAUGAGUUAUAUUUAUGGACUGAUUCUUCCAUUGUUCUAGCUUGGCUCAAUAAGUCACCUCGAACAUGGAAAACAUUUGUGGCCAACAGAAUAACCGAAAUAUUAGAAAACGUGGGAGAUACAAAGUGGAGACAUGUAAAAUCAGCACAAAAUCCAGCUGAUCUUGCUACCCGUGGUAAAUCACCCCAAGACCUUCAAAAUAACUCGCUUUGGUGGAAAGGGCCUUCAUGGCUCAUGGAGCCAGAAAGUCAGUGGGUACAAAGUCAUCCAGAUGUUGUACAAAGUGAAAACUUAGAAUAUAAACCCACAGCGACUUUUUGCACCCAGUCUAUGGAAGAUAUUCUUGAUCGGUUUUCAUCACUUCCGCGAGCAUUGAGAGUGCUAUCAUAUGUUUAUAGAUUUUUUCACCAUUCAUAUAAAAACAAGGACAAGAUUGCUCGUCCUCAAACUUGGACCGUUAGUCAAUCUGAAGUAAAUUUUGUCAAAAAUAAACUCAUGCGGAUAGCGCAGCAAAAAUAUUUCCCUUCAGAAUAUCGACUAUUGUCUGACAAAAAACCAAUUCACAGAAAAAGUUCUAUACUAUCUUUGAAUCCAUCUCUAGAUUCUAAUAACCUUCUAAGAGUUAAUGGGAGAUUAAGUAAUGCUUCUCUUUCCUAUAACGAACGUUAUCCAAUUAUUAUUCCUUAUGAUUCUCGUUACGCAUGCCUCCUUAUUGAUUAUAUUCACGAGCUUUCUAUGCACGGAGGAAAUGCACUGGUUCUUCGAUUACUGAGACAUGAUAUUUGGAUUCCAAAGGUAAAAAACCUAAUUAAGUCUCGAAUACGUCUUUGCAAAACUUGUGUAAUUCAUAAGAAACAAAUGCAAAAGCAGAUAAUGGCAGCACUGCCUACUGAACGAUGUACCUUUUCGCCUCCGUUUACAUACACAGGCAUCGAUUUCGCUGGUCCAUUUGAUAUAAAAAGCUUUAGUGGACGAAAUUGCCGCAUUACAAAGGGAUAUACUUGUGUCUUUGUAUGCUUCUCGACCAAGGCUAUCCACCUCGAAGCAGUGAGUGACCUAUCUACUAAAGCUUUCUUGGCUGCAUUUUCGAGAUUUGUGGCUAGAAGGGGCCUUCCAAAGGAACUUUUUUCCGAUCACGGCACCAACUUUGUUGGUGCUAGUAACACGUUAAAAAAGGAAUUUCAAACAAUGCUAGCAGCAGCUCCAAAACAAGUUUCUGAUAACUUUAGUAUCCAGGGGUUAAAAUGGAACUUUAUUCCCCCUGGAUCUCCACACAUGGGAGGCUUAUGGGAAGCCGGUGUCAAGAGCUUUAAAACUCAUUUCAGAAAAGUUCUCGAAAACAGCAAGCUAACGUUUGAAGAAUUUUCAACCACCUUAGCCCGUAUAGAAGCGUGUUUAAAUUCUCGACCAAUAUCACCUAUGUCAGAAAAUCCUAAUGACUUACUAGCGUUAACCCCUGGACAUUUCCUGCGCGGCGGUCCUUUACUUUCUGCUCCCGAACCCGAAGUUAUUGGUAAUUCUCUAUCCAUUAUCAACAGAUGGGAAAAAGUAAAAUUUCUCCAACAAGAAUUGUGUCGGCGUUGGAAAGAAGAAUACCUUAAAGAACUUCAUAAACGCUAUAAGUGGCAAGUUCCUCAACCUAAUGUUAAAAUCAACGAUCUUGUAGUGAUCAAAAACGAAAAUCUUCCCUCGACCGAAUGGCGUCUCGGGCGUGUAAUCAAAACAUAUCCAGGAACUGACGGACAAGUUAGAGUUGUAUUAAUUAAAACUAAUCUUGGCGAAAUAACAAGGCCAAUAACAAAGAUUUGUAUUCUUCCUAUGCAUUUAAAGUGAGACCAACUGCGAAUAUUCGACUUACACUUUGUUCAACUACCAACAGUCCGUAUUUUAGAUGGAGUAUCUAUAAACUCAUGCAUUAAUUGAAUUAUUUAGUUAUAAGAUAGAUAUAUUAUCAAUUUCAAAAAAAAAAAAAUUGAUUAUUUUAGCUAAUAAAGUAUCUUCUGAAUUUGAAUAACGCGACACGAAUCCUUUAAGAUAUAUUCCCUGAAAUACCAGUAUUUAUA